CUAUUAGGUGGUUUCGUAAUUUAAUUUAGAAGUAAUUUCUCCAGAUUACCAACAUUUGGUUAUAUAGACAAGAGCUGCUAUAUAUUCUAACGUGAAUUCAUUGCCUCUUAAUCAAUUUGGUUUGUGCUACUUAUCAUCAUGAUAAACGCAUGACUCAUUAACCUGACAACUUGAAGCUGAAACCAAGAUGGCGCUUAAACAAGAAAGUGUACCGGCGCUUGGGUCUCCGAUGCUCCACCGCACCGAAUAUCGGGAAACCGGCCCGCCGCCUCUGGCCACUGAGGACUUCGAAGAGGACGAGUUCCAAGACGCCGCCGAAGAGCAAAAUGAGUAUUCCAUGGAUUUACAAACGGCCUUCGAAGAGUGUGAGGUUGCGAUGAGAAAAUUUUUCAAUAACGACCUGGUGGGAGCGUCGAAUAUAAUGAAACCUUGGUGCCGCACGUCUCUGUACCACAGCCUUGGCAUGUCCAUCUUCGAGUUCAUUCCCGCCAUGUUGACCUUCGACCACGGGCAGAUCAACCGCGCCCUGGCGGCGCUCAAAGUUUGCAUCUCUAUCUGCAAUCAGCAUCGGAGGAACUUGUCACUCGUCGAGAGCAUUGGCACUAUUAUAAGAAAGCCAAACUUUAGCACGUACACAGACAUAGAGGCGCACGCUGAGCUAUGCUACGCGGAAGCUCUGCUGCUCCAAGCCAUGAUGACUAUCAUGGAGGGGGAGGACCUCACUGGCCUUAUCAAGGGCACCAUCAAAGUCAAGAACUGCUACAAUAGUUAUAAAGACUGCGCUAAGAUUCUUGCGCGCAAACAGUGGGAGAGUGAAACGUCGCGGAUACACUUCCAUAGCGGCGUGCGCCUGGGCACCGCCACGUUCAACGUGAUGAUAUCGCUGCUGCCUCCCAGGAUCAUCAGUCUGCUGGAGUUCGUCGGCUUUUCAGGAAACAAGAGCUACGGUCUGACCGAGCUGGUGGCCGGCAUGCGGUCCGCGGGCCUGCGGGCCGUGCUGUGCGAGCUGACGCUGCUCGCGUACCACCUCGUCAUCUGCCACUUCAUCGGCGCGCAGGCCGACCUCGACAUCUGCCAGGAGAUACUGGACAAGGAGCUCAAGGUGUACCCGGAUGGUGUAUGGUUCCUGCUGUUUAAAGGGCGGCUCGAGCUGAUGCGAGGCAUGUUCAAUCCGUCCAUAGUCACGUACAACUUAGCCAUAGACAGCCAGGACAUGUGGCUGCAGUUCCGACAUGUCUGCUACUGGGAGAUCAUGUGGGUUAAUGGGUUAAAAAUGGAUUGGCGGCAAGCUGCAGUGUAUGCCAACAAGCUAAUGGAGGAGAGCUCGUGGUCGCGGACGAUCUACACCUACACCAAGGCCGCGCUGCUGCUGCAACUAGGAGAAGACCUGAAGCUCGGGGAGAGACAGCAGUGCAACGAUCUCAUGAGGAACGCGUCUUACUACAAGCAACGCAUCGCAGGCAAAUCGCUCCCGAUGGAAAAGUUCAUGAUCAAACGUUGCGCGCGCUACAGCGCGCAGGGCCACCAGCUGGUGCUGCCCGCGCUGGAGCUGCUGUGCCUGUGGAACAUGUUCCCGGUGCUCGCGCGGCACGAGCGCGCCGCGCAGGACGUGCUCAAGUUAAUAGAAACUACCCGCGACCGCCUGGACGCUGGCCCUAAGGAGUGGAUGGCUGGCUACGAGGCCGACAACCGCGCGCUGCUGUGGUACCUGCACGGGUGCUGCCUCUCCGCCAUGGGCCUCCCGCGGCUCGCCCUGGACUCGCUCGACUCCGUUAUACUGUUGAAGAACGAGAUCAAGGAGGACACAUUCCUGCUGCCGUACGCGAUGGCCGAGAUCGCCGUAUGCUACCAUUACUUGGGCGACGAUGAGCGCGCCCUGCAAAUACUCACUGACACCAGGAAAAAGUAUUCCGGAUAUUCACUAGAAUCGAGGCUUCAGUUCCGUAUGCACUCGAGGAUGAUCAUGAUAAAGGAAAAAGAACAGAAAAACAAAACUGCAUCCGUAAAAAAAAUUGCAUCAUAAUUCGUUUAU